AUGAGCGGAUAUCAACCGUACAACAAUUACACCUCUGACGGGACUGGAUACGGCAACUACAAUGGGAACGAUGGAGCCAGCUCUCAGACAAGGUCUGCUGUCACUCAGUCGCUUAUCCCGGUCACUAUCAAAGAAAUCAACGAUGCUAACCAGUCCGGACCUGACGCACCUUUUCAGACGCAUGGGCUAGAGUUAUAUUAUGUUGCCUUUGUGGGUAUCAUCAGAGAACUCGACGCUUCUCAAGCUCAAUCGACUAUGUUGAAGAUCGAAGACGGAACAGGAAUGGUUUCGGUGAGAAAAUGGAAUGACGAAGAAGGAAAUGAGUCGGACUCGUUUGCGACUGGUGAAUACGUUAAGGUGGUGGCUACCAUUAGGGAAUUUUCAGGCAAGAAACAGAUUCAGACACAAACAGUGCAAAAGAUCCAUGAUUUCAACGAGAUUCCAUAUCAUUUCCUUAGUGCCAUUAAAGUUUACCUUGACAAUUCAGGAUCAAGGAUGACUGGAAAACAUUCCAAUGGUGCGAAUGGAGACAGUUCCCUGUUUGUUAAUAAUGGAACUGCUGACAGCUCAAACUCUCCACUUGAGAAGAUUUUCGAGUUUGUUCAGGAGAACAGUGCCGUGAUGACUGACGGUGUGCCUCUGCAACUUAUUGCACAAAACUUCAAUAUCUCCAUCGAAGACGCGGAAUCCAAGAUUGCCACCUUGGUUGACGACGGCAGAAUCUACAACGGUUCCGACGACACUAAUUUCCUGGCUGUGUAA